CUUUUCUUUGCUCAUAUGGGACAGACAGAAUUUGCUGAAGUGAAUCUUGAACAGCUGGAUACCCAACCUGUCACCAACCCUCACCUGUUUCCAUGUAAGAUAAUAUUUUCCCAUGACUGGACAUGUUCUUGGAAGAUUGGAAGUGAAGGCCACCACUUCCAAAUAAUUCAGAACCAGACAGUGAAGUAUGAAAUAAUCCCACACUCUCCAUUAUCCAAGCAUAGAUUAAGUAUGCUGAAACGAAAGACCUUAGUAUUGGAUCUUGAUGAAACUUUAAUCCACUCCCACCAUGAUGGAGUUUUACGUCAAACAGUGAAACCAGGGACUCCACCAGACUUUGUAUUAAAGGUUAUCAUAGAUCGACAUCCUGUUCGUUUCUUUGUGUAUAAGCGACCUCAUGUUGACUACUUCUUAGAAAUAGUGAGCCAUUGGUAUGACUUAGUUGUCUUCACUGCUAGUAUGGAGAUCUAUGGUGCCGCAGUAGCAGACAAAUUAGACAACAAUCGAGGAAUUCUAAAGAAAAGGUAUUACAGACAGCAUUGCAGUUUUGAUUUUGGGAGUUACACCAAAGAUUUAGCAGCUAUCAAUAGUAACCUUUCCAGUAUAUUUAUCUUGGAUAAUUCUCCAGUAGCGUAUAAGUCGUACCCAGAUAAUGCAAUCCCCAUCGACUCGUGGUUUUGUGAUGCCCGUGACACAGCUCUCCUGUGUCUCUUACCCAUGCUGGACGCUCUCCGCUUUACCAAUGAUGUGCGUUCGGUCCUCAGUCGUAACCUCCAUCUUCAACGCCCAUAACAUCCAACGGGCAAUUUGUUAGUCGAUACAACACCAUCACCUGUUCACUUUGCUUCCUACGGGUUCGCCUGAGGCUGACCUCAUUCUCCGGCACCACUCACAGUCUUUGUCAAUGUUGUUUGUCGCUAACAGCGGCUACAGUAGGGUUUUUUUACUGUUAUUGCCGCUGUUGCUGCUGUUGUUGUUGUUGUUGUUGUUGUUGUUGUUAGGUGGUGGACAAACAGCUGCAGACUUUUAUCACUACAAUCAACCACAUUUCAUCAAUCAUGGUGUUUGCCCUACGUUCAGACGUUCAGAACAGCUGAGGACAUAACCGACUGUCGGAACGUCUUGCAAAUGUCCACCUAAAAGACAAUAAUAAUAAUAAUAAUAAUAAUAAUAAUAAUAAUGACGAUGAUGAUGGUAAUAAUCUCAAGACAAACUGUCUCCCUUGUUGAGAAAGACUACCAAAAUAUUUUUCAAGACAAAAAGAAAAAAACAAAACAAAACAUUCAUCCAAAUAAAAGGGAGUGAAAAAAAAACAACAAAAAAUAACAAACAAACAAACACAAACACAAUUAUUUAAGAA